CAAAUUUACUGGCGGGAUCUCUAGUUGUUGCCUUCGGAAGUUUUUAUGCUGUAAAUUUGCGUAGAUGUGACAUAUAUUCACAGGAAACAUGUGCGAGAAAAGCAAAAUCGUGUCCCAGUGGCUGAGGAAGGUGUUCGGUCAGCAGCCGGUGCCGGAGUUUGAGGUGAACACGCGGACAGUGGAGAUCCUCUAUGAGCUUGCGCAGAACAGCGAGACGAGAUGCAGAGAAGCUGAGCUGCUCAUCCAGGAUCACGAGCAGAAAACACACGAGUACAGCAGUGAUGGAGCUCAUCUCCAAGAAGUGCUUGUCCAGGGAGUUGGUCUUCAGACUGGAGGGCUCUCUAAACCCACACUGGACCUGCUGUCAGUGCUGGAGGGCACCGCUGAAGUGCUUAAACUCAGGGACACGUCACUUGGGAGCUACAUGCCUGCACUCAAUAAAGUGACCAAUGACAUGCUGGAGGCUGAGAAAACGGACCGCAGGUUGCAGCGUGAACUGUCUGCUGUUAGGAAGAAAAUGACGGCUGCAGUUGUUCUACGGAAGAAACUUCAGGACGAUUUGAUGAAGGUCACACACAUACAGCAGGUGGAAGCAGCUACAGCAGAGGAAAGGCUUCUUAACAUGGACUUCAUGAGGAAUAAAUCCAGAGAUCUCGCAUGCAGGAACAAGAUUGCACAGGAGAAGCUGGACUCGCGGCAGAUGGAGGAUUCUCUUACUCAUCAGGCCAUCCUGCAGCUUUCAGAGAAAAUUGCAGCGCUGAAAGAGGAAACUCUACCAUUGAAGAAGAAGCUGGAGCCGUUUAGUGACCUGAGCCCUAGUCCAGCUCUUGCUCGGGUUAAAAUAGAGGAGGCUAAAAGAGAACUGGCUGCCCUGGAUGCUGAGCUGGAGCAGAAGGUGGACUUCAUGAACACUUUAUCUUGAUAACUUUAAAUCUUUAAUAAUAAUAAAAAUCUAAAUGUGCCUGUUAUUAAAUGUUAACGUGUGCCUUUUGCUAUAAACUCACUUCUUCUCCGA